GCCUCCAUGGCUUACUUGUUUGAUAACCAGUGCCCUGUUGAUCAGGUUUCUCCCAGCUUGAUUGUAGUCACCUCUUUAAUAAUACUUUCCCAAACCCUUGUAGUCUGCUCCAGGAUUUCAUCUCACCACACUUCACAGAGUGUUUGUAUUCUGGACGGUGUUCAGCUACUGCAGGUUUACUGAGUUGUCCCAGCCUAGUGUGGCACUGGCGUUUCACACAUCAAACUUCCACUGUUCUGGUUAUUUGGCCAAUGUAUGACACGACACAUUCACAAAAGAUUAUGUUGAUGCCUGGCUUUUGUAAGCCUAAGUUGUCCUUUAUACUCAUAAGUAGACUGCUUGUCUUGGUGACUGGGGAUGCCACACAUUUUGAUGCCAAACUUAUUUAGCAUUCUAUUGAUGUUUGGAGAAACUGUCCCUACAUAGGGCAUGUACGCUAAAUUUUUUUGUUUGUCCUCUUCUGUUUCUUCUUUUUGCUUGGGAACGGACUGACAUUGUGCACAUUACAUUUGGGUCAUGGAGUAGCCACUUUCUCAGAAGACCUCCCAGGAGUGUUGAGGUAUAGAGGCCAGACUCGCUUCAUCUGAUAGGGUACAUGUCCUAUUAUCAAGGUAUUCAACACAACUAUUUUGUCUAUCUUUCUCUAGUUUCAUAGUGAAUUUGGUGUUAGGUUGGUGUGAGUUCACACGAAGAAGAACUCGUUGAGCUUCCCCACUUCAGGGAGCCAAAUCACAAACAUUUUAUCCACAUACUGAAAGAAACAGGGUCGUUUGUAAGUGGAUAAAACCAAGGCAGUUUCCUCAAAGCAUUUUGUAAACAUUUUUGCCACCAGUGGGGCUAGUGAAAGACCCGUGUUUGUUCAUAAUAUUAUCCUUUGCACAAGAAGUAGGUAGAUGUUAAUACAAGUCGGAACAAAUCCAUCACCAUAGGGCCGAACUUUCUGCUUGUUAGUUCUAUCAAAUCUUUUAGUGGAACUCUGGUGAACAAAGAAACUAUACCAUAACUGACCAUUAUAGCAAUAUCCAAAAGUUUUUGGUCCUGGAAAACAAGCACUCCAUGAAAUAUGACGAGGUGAAAAUACUCGCACCACCUCUUGUGUUCUGGGACAGUCAAGGAGGCAACUAAAAGCAAGCUGGGGGGUUAUGGGGGACCUCAUCAAUAGAAGAGGUGCUGUCUGGCAACUCAGCAAGGCAUGGGACCCCACGCUUAAAGCACUGAAGAGUCAAUGAUUCCUGCAUGCAGUGAACAAAGUCUGUGACAAUGAAGGUGGCACUUCCUUGGCAUAUUCCCUUGUGACGGAGGUGUGUGUUUGGGUGCAGACCUGGGCACAGGCAACACAAAGGAGCGAUAGCGGCUGGACCACAGGGGUUCUGACUGACAUUCUAAGUGUGAUGCUGAAUGAAAGGUUUCUGCAAGAACUCUUCAAGCCACAGGAAAUUUAUAACAAGCAAGCAUUAAAGAAACUAUUUGAAGACCUUGCUCAUGCUUCAAUAAUGCGUUUAAAUACAGCGAGCAUGGAUAAAUUGUAUGAUUUAAUGACAAUGGUGUUCAAGUACCAAGUUUUUAUGGCAUCUGAUCCUCAUGACCUAAUUCUUAUCACACUUAAUCAUUUAGAUGCCAUAUGGAACUAUGUGAAAGUGCCGUCAGUGCAUAAGCAGAUUGUUAUUGUUCAUAAAAUGAUAAUGCAACUGUAUGGCCAAAUGUCUGUUGGUGAGCUGCUAGAUGUAAGGAAAAGCAUACUUAAUUUCUUUCAAGAUCUUAAAAUACGUGUGUCUGUGUUUAUGAGACAGAAACUGCAAAACAGUGAUGGAAAAUUUGUAAUUGAUCCAUCAGGAUUAGUACCACCAGGGUGUGAUAUUCCUGGUGAAAUACGUUCAUAUGAUGAAACUGGUGAAAUAAAGGAUGUAACAAAAUUUGAUGGUUGUGGAGAUUACCAAGGCACCAGGCAAUUGGGAUCAUUUGAUAUUCAUGGCAAUAGGAAUACAGAUUUGGGCUGUAAUAUAUAUGCAUCUGCACCAGGACACAGUGACACUUGUUCAGUUUCUACUUGCCACACUGGAGAAGUGCCCUCGAAGCCAGCAUCAGGCGGCUGUUCCAAAGGAGCAGCUAGUGUGAAAGCAGCACAAGGAGAGCUUAAUCUAUUAAUGGCACAGUUAUUAGGAAACAGAACGUCUUUUGACUGCAACUCAACAAAAGACCUAAUACACAUAACUUUAUUUGGUACAGAGGUGAACGAAAGAGAGGAAGACAUUCAGUUGAGCAUAAAAAAAGAAAUAAAGAUAGAUGCACGGAGACAGUCCAACUUUGCUGAAUUGGAUGCUGUUUCCAGAGAAAUGACAGUUGAUGAUAACUGUGAAGAAACUCCUGGGGAUUUACUUGAACUUCUUGACAGUCUGAACUGAAAGCUGUUUAUUUGUAUUGAUAACAUCCUGCAACAAAUAUAUGUCCAGAGUAUUAAGAAAGAAGAAUAGAAAAUGUUAAUGAAAAACCAGUUAAAUAUAUUUUUACCUUGUGCCUCAGAAGAAAAAAAGGCGCUAAAAGAAGUCUAAACAGAAGCAGGCAUUUGUUUGUUUCCAAUCUUCUUUUGUGUAAUCUUUCAUAAAUAUAAGUCAUAAUAUAGUUAAUGCUCUUAAAUUUCUUUGAAUACCUCUCAGGACAGAAACUUUGAUAUAAGGCUUCUGUUAAGGGGUAGCACACUGGUUUACUAUUGCUUGAACAUUCAUUUGUUGUCCAGUGCACAAAAUAAAAAUUAAUUUAAGCACUAAACGUGAGUUUAUAUGGACCAUACUUUAGGGUAAUUUGUGUUUAUGAUAGUAUUACUGCAAUAUAUGACAAUAUUAUCGUAUGUGCUUGCAGUAUUGCUAAUGGAGUGGGCUAUUGCUGAGGUAUUGCCCACAAGGUGUGGAGAACAUUUUUGUAUGGCCAUGCCAGACCUGUCAUUGCCCUUCUCUAAAAAUGCUUCCCUCUUGUUAUCAGCCUUCUUUCCUUUUUCUCAUGAUGAAGUGUAUAGUAAUGUAAUCUUAACUAUGAAACAAUAUUUCACUGCAGUUCAAAAAUUGGUGAACAUAAACAGAGGCACUUGAUUGGUUUGUUGUCUGCAGGAAACUGGAAGUGGACACAUGAGACAACCAUCAAUCUCAUAAAUGUGAUACUUCAAUCAUCAGAACUAUGGAUCAUAGAAAAUAAUAUACAUACAGGAUAUUCUCACUGCUGCUGUUAUAUCAGAAUAUCUGCAGCAGUGAGCCGUUUGUCUGCAUAGGUUCUGAAGACUUCAAAACUACAUGUUAGUUUCACAGUGUAUGUUUCCCCAUUCAUGUCCAGCAACUUGGCAACUUUUUUCUAUUUGUAUUUUUUAUUGUCUCUUACCACAUUCAAUAACUUGUAAAUUACUGCAUUUAUGAAAUUAAUAGUUCUCUCGCUGUUAUGGUAAGCCACAAUAAAAUUGUAAUGUUGGUUAUUAUUUAAAACUCAUCUUAAUGAAUUUGUUGAGGGUGGUGGUGGUAUGUAGAGGGCACUUGACAGCAAGGUCAUCAUUGUGAAUUCCUUGAGCCCUUCUACCAAAGCAUUACUACCAAAGCAUUACAAACUUCUGGGAACUGGAGGGACGCGACAUUGGCGAGAAAAGCAAAUGCCUGUAUGAAUCACCAGUAGCCAAAAACUGAAACAUGAUCAUCAGUCUGGUUGCAGCUGAUAUACAGCCUCUCUCACAUUGGUAUUGGCCUUAUCAGUUCUCAGAUGAACUGCAUUUAUGAUCUAUCCUAAAGAGCAUUUCUAUAUUCCAGUGAAAUUGUGGAAAAGGUAUAUAUCUAACAUCAGUUUAAAGUGUCAGGAGCAGUUCACUCACUAAAAAGAAAGAGAGAGAGAGAGAGAGAGAGAGAGAGAGAGAGAGAGAGAGAGAGAGAAAGGAAUGUAGCUACAAAACCUAUUUUUAUUUUUCUUGCUAACAGAUUUCCUUUGUGGAAUGCAAAAGCAGGGGAGCCACAGUCACUUCCAAUAGUGGGUUGGGGUUUCUCUGCCCAGGGACUGGGUGGAUGUUUGUGUUGCCCUCUUCAUCAUCAUCAUCACUCAUGACAGUGGCUAGAUUGGACUGUGUAAAAAUUGGGACUUUGUAUGGGCACUGGUGGCUGCAUGGUUGUGCACCCCACAAACCAAACAUCACCACCACCACUUCCACUUGUUCAGUUUCAUUCAUCUUGUGGCAAUACUGUGACCUGUGUAAAACAUUUCUGGCCUAGAAAUUUCUGGCGUGUUGCUGCAGUAUUGUGAGCAGUUUGAAAUUUCAAUGGCCUAUGCAAACAUUCAGGCAUAUUAACAGAAAAUCCAUGUGUACUUAAUAUCAAACAUUAAUUAACUUGGAUAACUGUGAAUCUUUGCUAUAACAAUGUUUAUAAUGAGCAAGACUAAAUUAAUACAAAAUUUAGAACAUAUUUCUGCCCAACAUGCUUGAUGCAUUAAACUAAUGUGGAAAAUGCCGAUUUUUAAAACAGUAUAUAAUUUUUAUUGUGAUUAUUGUUAGCAAUGGGAAAUCUUUAUUGUACAAAUCUUUAUUGUACAAAUGUAACUUCUUGCCUCUACAUUCUCAUGAAAUGGUUCCCAAAGAGAGUCUUGAAAAGUAUGUUAUUUGGACUGUAAUACAUAAAAAGGUUUUUAAAAAAUAAUCCGAUCUUUUCUACAAAAAGUUACAAAAAGAAUACAUUUUCUAAAGUUUGUUGCCAUCAAACAAGCAUUUAGAUAGUUGAAUAAUACACAGAGAGAAUAUAACUGAGAUCUCGAUUGCUAUAACACACAAAGGUAGAGAAAUAAUUUUAGGUUUCAUCUGUGAAAGAAACAGUGUUAAUAAAGGUUUUCUAAAAACUG